AUGACACAGACUCUGGAUCCCAACUGCUCCAACAGCUCAGAAGACUGGAACACCUUUUACUUCAACUCCUCAAGGGACCCCCAAUGCCUCCAAUACCCACCCUACCACUACACCCAACAGAAUAUCACCUAUGUGGACUUGUACCUCCACGGGCCCUCGGUGGCGGUAGUCUUCAUUGUGUCCUACCUGCUCAUCUUCCUGGUCUGUAUGGUGGGGAAUGGUGUGGUGUGUUUCAUCGUGCUGCGUAGCAAGAAUAUGAGGACAGUCACCAACCUCUUCAUACUCAAUCUGGCUAUUAGUGAUUUGUUGGUUGGCAUAUUCUGUAUGCCCACUACCCUGGUGGACAACAUCAUAACAGGCUGGCCUUUUGGAAGUUUAGUGUGUAAGCUGAGUGGGAUGGUUCAAGGCAUAUCAGUGGCAGCUUCAGUCUUUACUCUGGUGGCAAUAGCUGUGGACAGGUUCCGCUGCAUCGUAUACCCCUUCAAGCAGAAGCUGACCAUCUCCACCUCCAAGCUGAUCAUUGUCAUCAUCUGGGUCCUGGCUAUCUCCAUCAUGUGUCCUUCAGGGGUCAUGCUCCAGGUGACCAAGGAGCAGCGUGUCCUGAUUCUACUGGGGGACAGCUACAACAACACACGCCCAAUCUACUGGUGCCGUGAGAACUGGCCCAAUCAGGAAAUGAGGAAGAUCUACACCACCGUCCUAUUUGCUAACAUCUACCUAGCCCCACUGUCACUCAUUGUCAUCAUGUACGUCCGCAUCGGAUUCACACUCUUCAAGAUGGCUGUACCCGCCUCAGGCCGGGGAAUCAGUAGUGGCAGCAGCGGUGGGACGAAGCCCGGCCUGGACAACCACCGUCAAAUGGUGUCGAAGAAGAAGAAGAGGGUGAUCAAGAUGCUGCUGAUGGUGGCGUUGCUUUUCAUCCUGUCGUGGCUGCCGCUCUGGACGUUGAUGAUGCUGAGUGACUACGCCAGCCUGACAGCGAGCCAGCACCGUGUCAUCAACAUCUACGUGUACCCGUUGGCCCACUGGCUGGCCUUCUUCAACUCCUCCGUCAACCCCAUCAUCUACGGCUUCUUCAAUGAGAACUUCCGCCGGGGGUUCGAGGCCGCGUUUAAGUUCCAGCUGUGCGUCGCCUACAUGGAGCGCCAGAUGAUCUACUCGCGUCGUAUCCAAGGCAACGCAGUGUUACCUGAGAACCUGAAACUGCCCACCAGGCCCGGCUCGGCAAGGUCAGGAUUGGCUUUGGUGAACGGGAAAGGGCUGGGCCGGGUGGAAGUUGUCGGGCUGACGUCAGGCGAGAGGUUGUCGGGGAGCAACAUGAAGGAGCAUGAUCUGAUCAUGGAGGACCUGGAGAAGGUAUCCCAGAUUUAAACAUGUCAUACUGUAUGUGCCAUUGGGACAUGUAUUCAGACAACCUGGAGAUUGUAUCCCGUAUUUAAAAAUUACAGUUAAACAUUUGUACUGUUGCAUGAACUGUAAUAGACAUACAUGUAAUGUACCUAUAUUGUGCAGUAAACAUUCAGGGCACAGAGAGGACACAGGCGGUGGGUGUUCCAAAUCGCACCAUG